UUACCCAGUUUAAAUGCUAAUCAAACCUUAUUUACUCCUAAUUAAAGAAAUAAACUUUCCUUUUUAAUUUUUCAUUUCUUUUUUUGUUUUAGCGUAUUUGGUUUUUUUGUUAUUUUUCCAACCACCAUAAAACGCGGUCCAAUUGUCCCCAAUAUAAUCCCUCACCUUCCUACUAGGGUUCCAUGCCUCAUUUCUUCCCGCAUCUCUCUCUUCUUCUCUCACUCUCUUUGUCUUUUUCUCUCUCACCCUUUUACUAAUUUUGAUUUGAUUUUGAUUCUUCAUUUCUUUCAUUUUUUUCAAUUUUAGGGUUUCAGUGCUUUUUUUCCCCCUUUCUUGUCAAAAUUCAAUUUUGAUUAUUGGGUUUGUGAAAUUCAACAUUUUGAAAUCUGGAUUUUGUAAUUCAAGGUAGAAAGUUUCAUAAUUUGUGUGAAUUUUUUUGUGAGAAUGCCAGCGACGGACUAUCAAGGUUCGUCUCCUUCAUCGUUAACAAAUUUUGGUCGUUCAAUUCUUAGUUUUCGUCGUGAACAGGUUCAUUCAAUGGAAGGGUCAACCUUAGAGAUUGAACUUGAUUAUUUUCAAACACAUGUUACUGAUCGUUUUCUUGAAUCAUCUUCUGUUAAUCAAGAUGAUUUGCUUUCACUCAAAUGGGUUGGGAAGCUUCUUGAUAGUUUUCUGAUUUGUCAAGAAGAAUUCAAAGCCAUUCUUCAUACUCAUAAGGCUCAGGUUUUGAAAUCUCCUUUGGAUCGAAUGGUUUCUGAUUAUUUUGAACGAAGUGUUAAGGCUUUGGAUGUUUGUAACGCGAUUCGUGAUGGUGUCGAACAGAUUCGAUUAUGGCAGAAGCUGUUGGAGAUUGUUCUUUAUGCAUUGGAUCAACAAAGGAGUCUUGGUGAAGGGCAAUUUCGGAGAGCGAAAAAAGCUUUAAUCGAUUUGUCGAUUAGUAUGCUUGAUGAUAAUAAGGAUUCUAGUGCUAUUGCACAUAGAAAUCGAUCGUUCGGUCGUAGCAAUGGUGGUAGAGACAAAGAUCAUAACCAUCAUCAUAGUCAUGGUGGUAAUAGUCAUACUAGCCAUGGUAAUAACAGCUAUCAACAUCGGUCUUUGGGGCAUUUUAGAUCGCUUUCGUGGAGUGUUUCUCGCAAUUGGUCUGCUGCUAGACAACUCCAAGCAAUUGGGAACAACAUUAAUCCUCCAAAAGCAAAUGAUCUUAUGGCGACUAAUGGUCUUGCAAUGUGUGUUUACAUCAUGAAUUCGAUCUUGUUGUUUGUCAUGUGGGCUCUUGUGGCUGCAAUUCCAUGCCAAGACCGCGGAUUGCAGGUGCAUUACUCCAUUCCAAGGAGUUACACUUGGUCUAUUCCAUUUCUCUCGCUUCACGAGAGGAUCAUGGAAGAGUCCAAGAAGCGCGACAGGAAGAAUGCUUGUGGCUUGCUUAGAGAAAUUCAACAGAUUGAGAAAUGUGUUAGAGUCAUGAGUGAAUUGGCUGAUUCGGUCCACUUUCCAUUAUCCGAGGAGAAGGAAGGGGAAGUUAGACAAAGAGUUCAAGAGGUUUCACAUGUUUGUGAUGCUUUGAAAGAUGGACUCGAUCCUUUGGAGCGCCAAGUGAGGGAAGUUUUCCAUAGAAUUGUUCGUAGCCGAACCGAAGGGCUUGACUCUCUUGGUAGGCCAAACAAUGCUUCUGAAUAACUUAUGAUGAAAUUUAGAAUUUGUGAUAACAUUAUAGUUUGAUUUUGCUUUCAUAGAAAUAGAAAAUUACAAAAGGAGCAAGGGAUUGUAUAGGGAGAUUGUUGAUUUGAAUUAAAGUUUAUUCCAAGAAUUAAGUGGUAAGGGGAAGGAUUCUUGUAAAAAACCAUGUGAAAUACUGUUUGGUUUUUUCCCCUCUUGUUUUUGUCUUGUGAUGUUGCUUUGUAUAAUCAAUCUUCUCUUUAACUUGCAAUAUCCUCAUUGUAGCUGAUUUUGUUUAUGAAUAUCUAUUAAAUUAAUCUCCUUUUUGUUCAUAUA